AUGAGUGAAACUUGGCUACAAGAGAAUCAACGUUUAGUCAGUCAAGACAACUUUGGAACAGAUCUGGCUAGUGUUGAGGCGGCUAAUAAAAAACAUGAAGCUAUUGAGACUGAUAUUUACGCCUGUGAGGAACGUGUUCAAGCUGUUAUUUCUAUUGCUGGGGAAUUGGAAAUUGAAAAGUAUCACGAUAUUGGACGUAUUAAUGAUAGAAAAGAGCACGUUCUUCGCCUUUGGAAUCAAUUACUAGAAUUACUAAAAGGUCGUCGUCAACGUUUGGAAUUGAGUUUGACUGUUCAGAAAAUAUUCAAUGAGAUGGAUAAAGUUUUGGCAAUGAUGGAUGAACUUCGUGCUAAGCUUGAUUCUGAUGAACUUGGUCAACACGUAAAGGAUGUGGAAGAAUUAUUACAAAAACAUACAUUAUUGGAAUCUGAUCUUAACAUAAUUGCUGAUCAUGUCAAAAAUGUCAAUCGCCAAGCUGAACGAUUUUCUAGAGACGAUACAGAAGGCUACAAACAUGUUGAUCCAGCUGUUGUUAGAGAAAGAAUGCAAUUUUUGGAGCAAACAUAUAAAAAAUUAUUUGAAUUGGCAGCUGCGAGAAAAGCCCGAUUGGAGGAUAAUAAACGACUUUGUCAAUUUAAUUGGGGGAUGUGGGAAAACAGACAACAGUUACUCAGUCAAGGCUUAAAUCUUCAAUCAUUCCAAGAGAACGUUAAACAAACAGAAGAAGAAGAAAAUGCUCAGAAUUUAAAAAAAAGAAAAGGAACCGAACAAGGAACAAUGUAA